UUUCCCUCACGUGUGAUCAGUGGGUGUGUGUUGUCUUUUCCUCUCAUUCAGUGCGACGUUUUAUUAAAGUUGUAAGAUGGCGACGGUGCAUCUGAGAAUCGGGGACCUAGUUUGGGGGAAGCUUGGUCGUUACCCACCAUGGCCAGGAAAGAUAGUCAGCCCUCCAAAGGAUCUGAAAAAGCCAAGAGGCAAAAAGUGCCAUUUUGUGAAAUUUUUUGGAACUGAAGACCAUGCCUGGAUCAAAGUAGAACAGCUAAAGCCCUACCAUCCCCACAAAGAGGAGAUGAUCAAGAUCAACAAAGGAAAGCGCUUCCAGCAGGCUGUAGAUGCGGUGGAAGACUUCUUAAAGAAAGCAAAGGGCAAAGAACAGAACUCAGACAGCAAAGGUGACUCAAAAGGAAAGAAGACGCCUAACAAGCCGCUGAAAAUCCUGGAGGAGGACGAUGAAGAUCUCAGUGCACUCAAGGACCCCUCUGAGAAGGACUUAACUGACUCUGACCCCGAGCCGUCCACUAUUGAGAGGCUGGGGGCUGGACCUGGCUCAGGAUUCAAAUGGGAAAGCAGUCCUGUAAAGGAUGACCCACAUUUCCAUCACUUCCUCCUCAGCCAGUCAGAGAAGCCAGCCUCAUCUAUGGAACCCAUUAGCAAGCGCUUGAAGAUCAUUGAAGAGGACACAGGGUCGACAUCCAUCCAAGCAGCCGACAGCACAGCCAUCAACGGCAGCAUCACACCUACAGACAAAAGAAUAGGCUUCCUGGGUCUGGGGCUGAUGGGUAGCGGCAUAGUUUCCAACCUCUUAAAAAUGGGUCACAUCGUCACAGUGUGGAACCGCACAGCAGAAAAGUGUGACCUGUUCAUACAAGAGGGGGCCCGGUUAGGACGGACUCCUGCAGAAGUGGCCUCCAUGUGUGACAUCACUUUCUCCUGUGUCUCAGACCCAAAAGCAGCCAGAGAUUUGGUGUUGGGGCCCAGUGGAGUUCUGCAGGGAAUCAGGCCGGGUAAAUGCUACGUAGAGAUGUCCACUGUCGACCCAGAGACGAUCACUGAACUUGCACAGGUGAUCACAUCGCGGGGCGGCCGUUUCCUGGAAGCUCCAGUGGCAGGAAGCCAGCAGCUGUCCAACGACGGGAUGCUUGUGAUCCUAGCAGCUGGGGACCGGUCAGUGUAUGAGGACUGCAGCAGCUGCUUCCAGGCCAUGGGAAAGACCUCAUUCUUCCUGGGUGAAGCAGGGAACGCAGCACGGAUGAUGCUGAUCCUCAACAUGGUGCAAGGCAGUUUCAUGGCAACUAUCGCAGAGGGGCUAACCCUGGCCCAGGCCACGGGCCAGUCACAGCAGACGUUCCUGGACAUCCUAUGCCAGGGCCAGAUGGCCAGCACGUUUGUGGACCAGAAAUGUCAAAAUAUUUUACAGGGCAACUUUAAGCCAGACUACUAUUUGAAACAUAUCCAGAAGGACCUGAGGCUGGCCAUCUCCAUGGGUGACAUGGCCAACCAUCCGACCCCAAUGGCUGCAGCUGCCAAUGAGGUUUACAAGAGGGCUAAGGCACUGGACCAGUCGGACAACGAUAUCUCUGCAGUGUACAGGGCCUACAUUCACUAGAGUGCAAUGUGACCUCCCCUCUGGACCACACAGUCUUUAACCUUCCAGUACUUCUCCCUGUCACCUAAUAAGUUUUCUUCUUUUAAUUAUAGUCGUUUUUACGACACUCCACCACCCACCCACCCAACCAGUCCUACUGGCCCAACCAACCUUCCCUGGAUUUAAUUUUCUUUGUCAAGAGGCAACCUUUGAGCAUUGCACUGACUUGAACUGAGGGAAACGAUGCUGUGAGAGUGCUCUACAUGAAGUUGUACUACGACACCUGGCAGUCUGCUUCAGGGUUUGGUGAAACCUAAAUAAAGGCGGUGGAAGCAAUGCAGCAGCAGUGUUCAGUCCAGUGGCACUGUGAGGAGUUGAGUGUCGGCUCCAGACACAUGAAAUACUGUUGGAUUUUGUGGAUGCAUUAUUAUUCCCCUCUUUUGUUCAUGUGCAAAUGAUAAGUUUAUUUAAUUCAGUGUGAUAUUUGCUCUUUUUUUUUUUUUUUAAUCUCCAGGAUUCCUUGGGAAAAAAAACACCAAGAACAUGCCACUGCAUUGCCUUAUUGUAGCCCCUCAAUUCUUUCAAGAAUAGAUGUAUUUAUUUAUGUUUCUUCCUCGGUCUUCAUGGUGCCGUUCGGUCAUGGCUUGUUUCUCUGUUAGACCAGAUGAUUUAUGCUUUUAUGUUAUUGAUGUCUCUUGAAAAGGUUAAGGACAGAGCAACAGACGCGUUGAGGCCUUAAAUGCAGUAAAUAUUGUUACUUCACAUUAAGACUUGAGAUUUCCACGUUCAAAACCUUUCAUUCUGUUCAGAGUUCUCCUUUCCAUUUCCUUUUUAUUUUUGAUAGGUUGUUCUGGAACUAUUUUAACUGAAGUUGAUUUAGAAACAGUCUCACAGUUCAACUUUUAUUUACAGUAAAUGACA